AUCACUCCACACACAGUCAGCGCUUGGCAGUGCUUAGUGUAGCCGUAGCAAGUUCAGCUGUAGCGAAUUGAAUAAAUUACGCUUACAUAAAAUACACUUCACCGUGAGUAGUAAUCAAGUGCAGUUUCACAUCCAUCGCAAUCAGUAUACUACCUGUUAAAGCAUAUCGAGCAAUUGCCUGUUGUGCUCCGCACUAUAAAGUGUGGCACAAACGUACAUCUAGACCGGUUAGUUUCGUUUGUACUGCUCGUCUGAGGAGAAGCGUGUCGUUCUAAGCAAGAUGGUGAUAAGAGAGUGGGUAGUGACGAUAGUGACCUUGACUUUGUUCGGGACUCUGUACCCACAUGGAGCUUCGGCGUAUAGAAUUUUGGGUUUCAACACUAGCCCAAGCCGAUCGCACGUGAUCGUACAGGAUGCACUGAUGAAGGAAUUGGCACGCCGCGGUCAUCACGUUACAAUGGUGAGCCCCUAUAAGGAGCCAGAACAGAUGCCAAACUAUCGCAAGAUUACGGUUCCUUUGGAUCCUUGGGCUUCAGAUUUCACCAAAACCAUCUUUGAAAACACAAACUCCCGCUUGGCAAUGCUACAGCUAAUGCCGGAGAUGUUGCGACUCAGUACCGUCCCGGUUAAUAAAACGCUCCGGUCACAAGAAUUCCAAAACCUUAUAAAAGAACCGGAAGGCUAUGAUCUACUAAUAACCGGCAUCAUGAAUGACGCUGUGUUUGGUGUAAGUCACAUACUAAAGUGUCCUGUGAUAAUCGUUUGCCCUAACGCACCGAUGGCGGUUGUAAAUUCAAUGGUCGGAAAUCCUACGCCGAUCUCCACCAUCCCGAACAUGAUGCUGGGGCUAACGAACCCAAUGUCAUUCAGGCAGAGGGUGGCCAAUUUUGCUGGACUGCUGUUUGAAGAAGUUUUUGCUGGCGUGUGGAAGUACUAUCAGCGUAAAACUUACGAAGAGCUAUUCCCACCGGGUCAGUACCCUGCGUACGAUGAGCUCCGGAGCAAUGUUUCGCUCGUGUUUGUGAAUCACCAUUUUACGAAAGGAUCACCCCGACCGUAUGUGCCAACGAUGGUGGAGGUGGGUGGCUUACAGAUAAAGGACAAGCCAUCGCCACUACCCGAAGACAUCCGCCAGUGGAUUGAUGGAGCAGAGGAAGGAGUCAUCCUGUUUAGUCUUGGAACCAACCUACUGAGCUCCUCAAUACCGCCGGAACUGUUGAGUGCCAUUCUGGAAACGUUCCGCAAUAUCAAGCAACGAGUUAUCUGGAAGUGGGACACGCAUGAUAUGCCCAACAAGCCGGCUAAUGUGAUGCUGGUGGACUGGCUGCCACAGGACGAUAUUCUUGCGCACCCAAACGUUCGACUGUUCAUCAUGCAUGGUGGGCUGGGCGGUAUCGCUGAGGCGUUGUUCCAUGGUGUACCGAUAGUCGGUAUUCCGAUGUUUGGAGAUCAACCCGUGAACCUUGCGCAGGUGGAGAAAGAAGGCUGGGCCUAUGUGCUGCAGUAUACCGAGCUCACUGUGGAGACGUUCUCAAAAGCGAUCAACGAAGUACUGCACGAUCCGCGCUAUCGGGAGAAUGUGAAAAGACUGUCACAGUUGUUCCGAGAUCGUCCACAAAGUGCCAUGGACACUGCCAUCUACUGGACGGAGUACGUCAUUCGCCAUAAGGGAGCAUCCCAUUUGAGGUAUCCUGGUGCGGAUAUGAACUUCAUACAGCGUCACUCGUUAGAUGUGAUGGGUUUCGUAGCUUUCAUGACGUUUGUUAUCUUCAAGGCAAUAUCUCUCAGCUGUAGUUGGUGUUGUAGAAGAAGUGUGGCCAAGUUAAAAAAGCAAUAGUCAGCUCUUGGCGGUAUUUUUAAUUCAAUUAGUAGUCUCAAAAAGUAUUUUACCAUAAAACGAAUGCCAAGAAUAGCAAUAGAGGCAUGAUUCUAAAAGGAUAACCAUCUGCCUGCUAAACACUCAAAAUGUCUUAAAAUAUGCAGCAAACGGACAGGACGUAGCGCAGCUUAGAUUUGUUAGCACAUGCGCACGGUGCACCGUUCAAUCGUGAAAUGAAAACAUAAUUUGAUCGUUUUGACAAACGGAACCGUACGCAAUCUUAUUUCUUAUAACUCAAUUAAGUAUUCACUGCCAGUCGAAUGCAGCAAGCGUGCUCUUCCCGCAACCAUGCUAAUCCGAUGUUCAAACCAAAACGGCUGGAAACGUGCGUUUCGUAUUUCAAUUGGCACCGGAGUGCUCGGUGAAGUGGAUGAAAAAUAGGUCCAACUGGCCGGCAAACCGGUUUGCAAAGUGGCACUUAGUAGAACUGCGUCUCGCGGAACUGCGGAACAGCACGGGUGAAGUGGGAUCUACGAAUUCUUCAGGCGGAAUUAUUCUUACCCCGUGGACAUUGUGGUAGAGAUGUCAAACUCUUGAAAGUUUAGCACUUUUUUAUAGAGAAACACAAAUAUAAUAAAAAUACUGUUUAGCUUAUUGGUGGUAUUUCACCCAGUUCUAAUA